GAUCAGAACAGUUGGGGGUCAUGAGGAGGCCUGAACACAGCGGAUCGGUCGGUCUGCAGGAACGGACGGAGAACGGGUUCCUCUGAGGAAACGCAGAUUCACUGAGGAGGAUCCAGCAGCAGGAAGCUUCGGUAAACGCUGAGGUUUAGUACGGAGGCCUCAGAGGGUCAGUCAGGAUGCUGCAGCUGUGUAAAGUCACCAAGGCUCUGUUCAUCAGCAACGCCCGCUCAGCCUGCAGCGACGACCUCAUCCAGCAGGAGGCGGUGACGCUCUGCAUCAACGUGUCCAAGCAGCAGCCGUUCCCGACCAGCAGCGGCGUCACCAGGAUGCAGAUCCCCGUCUACGACGACCCCGCCGAGGAUCUGUACCGCCACUUUGAUCGCUGCGCCGACGCCAUCCAGAAGGAGGCCGACCGCGGCGGGCGCAGCGUGGUCUACUGCAAGAACGGGCGCAGCCGCUCGGCCGCCAUCUGCACGGCCUACCUGAUGAAGCACCGCAGGCUGACGCUGGCGGAGGCCUUACAGAGGGUGAAGACGGCGCGGCACGUCGUGGAUCCGAACCCCGGCUUCAUGUCUCAGCUGCAGCGAUACGAGGAGGAGCUGAGGAAGAGGAGGGGAGCGUCCUGAUGAAGCUGCUGAAAACUGAAAGUGUUUAGAUUGUAGUUUGAGGCAAACUGGAACAAAACACUGAAAUCAAACAACCAUCAGUCACUAAACUAAGAGAUUAGAGUUGAGAGUAAAUAUUGAGGAAGUAGAAACAUUAACAGUUAAUAGUGACUCAGAAAUACAUAAAUAGUGUUUAAAUUGUAUAAAGUAAAAUAUGUGGAGAACAUUAUAACAUUCAGAGUUUCAACUUUAGAAAACUAAACCCAUAAAAAAACAAGUAAAACAAUCUGUUAAGAAUUUUAUUUAUUUACUGAUUUAAUGAUCGGAGUGAAAAGUGACUGAAUGUGAAAGUGAAGUUUUGACGAAUCAGCAAAUUGGAUUUCAAAGAGUUCAAUAAUUUAUUAUUGAAAUGAAAUUUAAAUCAAAAGAUUUAAAUGACAAACUUCAUUUAUUUCUGCUCUUAAUUAAAAACCAUUUAAUACCUUUUGUUUUAUCAAAGGAAAAAGCAAUAAAUCCAUUUUCUCAAGUCUAAAUAAAAAGUGUUUUUUUGACGUCUUGAACUGGUUCAAAUAUUUGACCUGAAACUUGUUUCUGUUUUUCAAACAUUUAAUCAAAAGCACAAAUUCAAAUCCAGGCGACUAGAGGAUCGUUUUAGAGAGAAAUGUUUUGCUGAGUCAGCAUCCGGUUCCAGUAUUAUAAUGAAUAAAAUCUCAGGUCAGCAGAACUCCAUGGUGUUAAAUAUGAAGGUUGUAACUGUUGUAACUAGUCAGAAGUUGUUUAAAUGUGGACGAGGUUUAAUAAACUCGCUGAGUUUAUUAAAGUUCAUAUUCUGGUGAUAUUAAUGUUCGUUCUGACGCUGAUGUUCUGUAUCUCAGGUCCAUCUUUACUCAGAUUGAAUUUACCAUCAUAUCUCCUUCAAACUGUGUUCAGAACAUUUUAGUAAAUGCCUCAAGUGAAUUUAUUACCUGACUGUCCCUUUAAGAAACUGAGUUUUAACUAGAGGAAUAUAAUAAACAGUUCUGCAUUGUGAGCUGAUCACUGUAAUCAUUUUAUAGUUUGUUGCUUGUUGUAGUGAUGAUGAUGAUGAUGAUGAUG